CAAAUACAGUAAAACAUAAAUUGCACUAUUAGCCUGUACAAUCAAAAGUGAUUCAUCGAUCUGCCUGGCGCUCGAGUCCUAGGGAUGUUAAUAGAACGCUGAUGGUUGAUUCAAGAUGGCGGACUUGAAUGCAAAACAAAUACAGAAAAGUGUCAAGAUUGCACCCGGAGCUGUUGUUUGUGUGGAAAGCGAAAUUAGAGGAGAUGUAACCAUUGGACCAAGAACAGUGGUUCACCCAAAAGCACGCAUAUUAGCAGAAGCAGGGCCGAUAGUUAUUGGAGAAGGAAAUCUGAUUGAAGAGCAAGCCCUCCUUAUAAACUGCUUUCCUGAAAAUAUCAUACCUGAUAAGAAAGAUGUGGAACCAAAGACGAUGACAAUUGGAAUAAACAAUGUUUUUGAAGUUGGAUGCAUAUCACAGGCUAUGAAAAUUGGAGAUAACAACGUAGUUGAGUCCAAAGCCGAAGUAGGAAGGAAUGUAAUUCUGACAAGUGGUUGCAUCAUUGGAGCCUGCUGCCAGGUUAAUACAUGUGAAGUCAUCCCAGAGAAUACAGUAAUCUAUGGUUCAGGGUGCAUGCGCAGAGUGCAGACAGAAAGGCCACAGCCCCAGACUCUUCAGUUAGAUUUCCUCAUGAAGAUUCUUCCCAAUUACCAUCACCUGAAGAAGACUUUAAAAGGAAACUCAACUCCUGCAAAAAACUGAAGUGAUCAAAUAUUUUCAAAAAUAAUGUGGUCUGUGCACAGAAGACAAAAUUGCACAGCAAUGAAGAAGCGGUUUCACUAGAUGUACUUUGUGUUUAAAUGAAGGCUUUAUGAUUUGCUGUUUUAAAACUAGGCAUUUUUUAAAUGACGAUAUGUUUAUUUGAACUUCAUCAGAUUGGUUGCCAGGGUACAAUGUUACUUAUACCUAUUAUGGUAUAUAAACAAAGCUGUGUCUUUUCUGUCCCGUCAUGAACCAUUCCAACUCUACAUCAUAACUUCAAAAUGAUAGUUAUAAAAAGUUUUAACUUGUCAAUCUUUUUGUUCCAGUAUUGCAAAUACACUGGCAUCAACUGAUUAAACAGAGUUAUACAGUUCUUUUCAAGGGGUUUAAUGGUCACUCAUACCAAUGAGUCAUUGCCAGAUUGUCUGUCCGGUAUGCGUUGAGCAGCCUUACCACAAUAUGUUGAGUAAACUUUUACAAUCUUUUUUUUUAGCUUGGUAGAAAAUUAGAUAGUUAAAGAAUAUAAAUGCAGUAGGAUCUCAAGAUUCUAAGUGGGCCAAACUUACUGUUAAAAAACAACAACACUCAUAGUGACCAUCUUUUAGCACAAACCAGUUAAAUUUUCCUCAGAGCCAGCAACAGACUGCUUUUCAGAUGGAAAACCAGCUUUACUGGUAUUUAAUAAUUUAUAAUUAUUACUUGCUUAAGAUUCUUAAAACCCCACAGUAUGAGUGAAGCUUUUAGGAUACAACCCAUGUCUGACAUUAUAAAAUGGCUUGGAUAAAUUAAGUGCUGCGAUUGGCUGAACAAGAUCACAUGAUGGUACGGUAAUAAUUGUCUUACAGCACGGCUAUGACAUCAUAGCCCAACUUACUUACCUAAUCUAUUAAUAUUACUACGCCUUAAUAGUAACAAUUAUCUAAACAGUGUUUCUAUAGGUAAAAAUAUCAGCAUACAACUGAAACAGCAUUUAAAUCACUCAACAAUCUUUUUUUUUUUUUCAUCUGUCACUAAGAAUUACAGAAAAAUUGGCAAAUAUACUGUGGUAUGGUCAGAGAACAGAACAAAGAAAACUCUCAGGUAAGGAGUAGCAGUAAGACUUUAUUGCAAAGCCACCUGAGAAAUCACCAUGUAAGUCUCACUCAGCAGGUAAUAUAUAUGCAGGAGCGGCAUCUACUUAUUAAACUAAAUAUAGGCUUAUAAAACUGACUAGUGAGUAUGCAAUGUUUAAACUCGACAUAACAGAUACCUCUCACCACUACCCUCCGAUUUCAGAAACAUAUUUAAAACAAAAUUAAAAUCUCUCCUGCUCUCUGCUGACACAACCGUUGGGCUUUUAAACAAGGUCGGGUUCGGCAUAUAAUUCUAUUGUGGUCGCUGUGCAAACUGACACGGAAGUCGUUUAGUCCACAUAUCAUCUGAUGCUGGUUUACAAUCUAGGGAAAUGAAGCUGGUCACCGGCCAUCAAUGUGAAAACAGCCUCUGAAAUUAUUGGUCAGCAUCUCUUGAACACCGCAAAACCUGAAUAGGGCCAUUUCCUACACACACAUACACACACAUUGCUCGGAAGCUCCUCCCUUGAUGUCAAGUGCCAGUGCAGUGUUGGCUGUUCUAUGAAUCCUCCCUCUGAUGUGGGAAAUCAAUCUGUUUUCAAUUCCCAAAUGCCAUUUUAUCUCGAAAAUGUUACUAUAAUGGGAAUGUUCAAUGUAAAGUUUAUGACAAAUAAAAAAGGUACAAAAUAUAUGCAUUCCGGUUUAGGUAAGACAAUUUUCGUGCCUCACAACGCACCCAGGAAUUGUCUUGCUGCACACCCUGUCGUGGGUUAUUUCUUACAUAAAGUGUAUAUCAAAUGAAAAAUCCCUAAUAUUGGUUCCUGACCUGACCGUAGAACUAUCCUGUGUUGCUAUAGGUCUGUUCGUGAUGAGCACUGUGCUGAUUAAACUUGGCUAUAUCCCUUUCUGAUCUCAAGUCUUUGUAUUCUGCAGUAUAAUUAAUGGGGAUCUAAGGAGGAUUUAAUUUAAAUAUAAUUUCAAUAUAGAAAGGGACCCCUAGUGCUAACCAGUUUAGAUGAAAUCAUAAAUAACAUUUUGCAGGGGGACAGACAAUACUGUUAAAUAAAUAUAACCCUGAUUGAAACAAUAA